AGCAUCAGCACACAACAGUGAAGAACUUACUUAAAAGCAGAAUGGCAACCUCCAGUUUCUUUAUUGCAUUGGCUGCUACUGCUUUUCUUUGUAAUGCAGCACCACUGGGCCACAAAAGCCACGGUGAAACUGAUAGCAAGUGCCCUCUCAUGGUGAAAGUUCUUGAUGCAGUCAUGGGAAUUCCCGCUGGUAAGGUGGCGAUUAAAAUCCAUCGACAGGCACAGGAUCAAAGCUGGCAGUCGAUAGCUAGCAGUGUCACAGAUGACACAGGAGAGGUCCAUGACUUAAUCCCAGAGGCUGAUUUCACUGAAGGAAUGUACAAGGUGGAGUUUGACACAAAAUCCUACUGGAAACCCAUGGGUGUUACCCCCUUCCAUGAAGUGGCAGAAGUGGUGUUUCAAGCAAAUAAUGCUGGUCAUCGUCACUAUACUCUUGCAGUCCUCUUGAGUCCCUUCUCUUACACAACUACUGCUGUAGUCAGCAAAGCACAUGAAUAAACAUGCAUAUCCUCCACUAUUUAAAAUCUGUUAAUGGAAAUAUUUCACUUAUUCCUGGUUAUCAGCUUUUAGAAUCUAGUACCCAUUUUAUAACCAUUUAAUAAAUUAUGUAAGAAAUACAAAAAUGCAUGAUUAAAAAAAAAAAAAAAAAAAAAAAA